CCGGGAUGGAGGCAGGCGGCUGCUGGCCAGCUAAAUGCUGUCACAUUUCGCCGAAUGCUCUGUUCUUUCUGACUUGCUUUUGUUCUGCCCCCUUCGUCCCACUCUGUCGGUGCCAAUUCACACAUCUGUUCGAGCUCAUUCCAGCGCAUCGCGGCGACAACUUCGUGCGGGUAUAUUGAGAGUGCCGAGGAACUGACUAGUUGGGUACAACACCACUCAUGAUGGCUGUUCGGCCAGGCGAAGAGAACGUCGCCACCCUCUUUGGAGAUGUGCACUACUUCUACAGUCCAGAGACAGCUCGGCCCCGCCAUCAUCGCUUCGACAAGGGCUCAUACGUCUACUUGUUUGAAAAUGCAAACACCAGGACAUCUCGAGUCGAAAUAGCAAACUGUCCUGGCACAGAUGACCAGGACGCGUUCGAGGGAUUUCUCGAUCAUACCAGAGUGCGCUAUUCAUACAAACAGCAAUGUGUGGUCUCAAUCACCGUAGACGGAGUGCCGGGCGCGCCAAUCGACCAAACCCAGUGGCACCUCCCGACAUUCGACCCCAACAACCAGGCAAAAUACCACUACCGGCUACACUCGCUCGACAUCUACUUUUGGACCCAUAGCGAUGCCCUUCAGUUUGUCAAUGGCGUUCGGCGACUGCUUCCGCCCGCCCAGGUCGAGGUUGCCGACGAGCCCGGGCCACCCGCCCAUUCUCCCUACAUCCAGGCUCCAGCAGCUGGGGCAGGCGGCUCUCUUGUCCAAAAACUCGAGAACAUGGCCAUCUCCGAUCCUCAGUACGCUGGCGGCAGCGCCGGUCCCGUUGCCAGUGCCACGCCCGAUACGGCCGGAUCAGCACAGCAGCAGCAAGCUGUUCCGGCGUUUGUGCCGAUGGCUUACAACCCGGCGGCUCCAGCCGCGCCGGAACAGAUUACCCACCGCGAAAAGACACCUCCCCCGGAGGAUGAUGGCCAUGAUCCCUUAGCUGCUGCGGUCGCACGCGACCAUGCUCCUACCCACUAUGCUGGCAUGCCAGGAAGCUAUGCCGCGCAGACCUUCUCCGCGCCGCCAGGCCAGAUUGGCCUGCCAGGACCACCAGCGGCCCCGCCGCCGGCCCCCUUGGCUCAACACCCCGGGCCCGGCAUGGCCAGCCCUGGCUUUGCACCACCGCAGUUCGGCCAGCUUCAGCGAUCUGCAACCAUGCCUGUCGCCGCUCCCGGCGUAGGGUCGGGCCUGGCGUCUCCAGGUCUGCAAAGCCCAUACGCCAACGGCUUUCCGCAACACCAACAACUACACGCCCAGCAGCAGCCGACCCCGCCUCCACCAGCAGGCCAACCACUUCAGAGUCCCGGCCUGCAGAGCCCACCUGGCGGCUUCGCCCAGUACAACUAUGGCCAAGUCCAACAGCAACAACCGCAGGCUCUCCAGCAGCAACAGCAACAAUCAGGACAUCGAUAUGGUCCCACAGGCGGCGACUGGAGCGUGCACCAGCAAGUGUACCGCCCAACAGAGCAGGAAUAUGUCAACCACAAAAUCGACAGCGGAACACUUAAGCCCCAGCCUGCCCCUGGGGAGGGCGUGGCGACCGGAGAGAAGCCUAGUCGUCUAGGUCAGAAUGCGGAGAGGCUUGAAAAGGGCGUGACGGGGAUGCUUAAGAAAUUUGAGAAGAAGUUCGGCUAGUCCAGCGUGUUCUACGUGGGUAUGCUGGUGAAAUCUGAGGCGUAUAGAAAUUGGCAGUCACGACGCGGGUAGUUUUUUGUAAUGGGCAGAUUGUUCCGAGGCGCAUUUC